ACUAUGCGCUUCCUGCUCUGCCUGCUCCUUCUGGCCACAGUCUUUGCCCCAGGCCAGACCUCCUGGGGUGUCUCCAGUCCUCAGGAAGUGUGGGGCGUGAAGGGCUCUUGUCUGCUCAUCCCCUGCAUCUUCACCUUCCCUAACACUGUGGAGGUGCCCAAGGAGGGCAUCACGGCCAUCUGGUACUAUGACUACUCCGGCAAGCGGCAGGUGGUGAGCCACUCAGCAAACCCCACGCUGGUGGAGCCUCGCUUCCGUGGCCGCUCCCAGCUGCUGGGCAACAUGGAGCACAAGGUGUGCAAUCUGCUGCUGAGUGAUCUGAGGCCAGAGGACUCGGGCGCCUACAACUUCCGCUUUGAGAUCAGCGAGGGCAACCGCUGGUCAGACAUCAAGGGCACCUCAGUCACCGUGAAUGAUGAGCCCAGAGCACCCACCAUUGCCUCCCCAGUGGAGCUGCGUGAGGGCACAGAGGUGACAUUCAACUGUUCCACACCCUACACGUGCCUGCAGGAGAAGGUCAGCUUGCAGUGGCAGGGCCAGGACCCCACUCGCUCUGUAAUCUCCAACCUCCAGAAGCUUGAGCCUACCGGAAUCAUCCACAUGCAGACCCUCCACGUGUCCCUGUCCUGGCAGGAUCACGACAGGCUCCUGCGCUGCCAGCUCUCAGUAGCUAAUCGCAGGUCUCAGGGCGAGGUUCACCUCCGUGUGCAGUAUGCCCCCAAGGGCGUGGAAGUCCUCCUCAGCCCCUCAGGGCGGAACAUCCUUCCAGGUGAUCUGGUCACACUCACGUGCCAAGUGAACAGCAGUUACCCUGCCGUCAGUUCCGUACUAUGGCUCAAGGAUGGGGUGCAUCUCAAAGCUGAUGGCCGUAUACUACAGUUGUCCCAGGCAACCUGGAGCGAUGCCGGGGUCUACACCUGCCAAGCAGGGAAUGGAGUGGGCUCUUUGGUCUCACCCCCUGUCAGCCUCCAUGUCUUCAUGGCUGAGGUCAAGGUAAGCCCAGCAGGCCCCAUCCUGGAGAACCAGACAGUGACACUGGUCUGCAACACACCCAAAGAGGCACCCAGUGAGCUCCACUACAGCUGGUACAAGAACCACAUCCUGCUGGAGGACGUCUACACCCCCACCCUGCAACUGCAUGCGGUUACUAGGGCUGACACUGGCUUCUACUUCUGUGAGGUGCAGAACACCCAAGGCAGUGAGCGCUCAGGCCCUGUCAGUGUGGUGGUCAAUCACCCACCCCUGGCCCCAGAUGUGACUGCCUUCUUGGAGAUGCAGGUCGGGCUUGUGGGCAUCCUCCACUGCUCCGUGGUCAGUGAACCUCUGGCCACGCUGGUGCUGUCACAUGGGGCCCUCAUCCUGGCCUCCAGCUCUGGGGAGAAUGGUUACAGUCCACGCUUCAGUGUCUCCUCAGCCCCCAAUUUCCUGCGCCUGGAGAUCCGAGACCUGCAACCAUCAGACAGUGGGGAGUACAAGUGCUCUGCCACCAACUCCCUUGGAAAUGCUACCUCUACCCUGGACUUCCAUGCCAACGUGGCCCGACUCCUUAUCAGUCCAGCAGCAGAGGUGGUGGAAGGCCAGACAGUGACUUUGAGCUGCAGGAGUGGCCUGAGCCUGACGCCAGACACCCGCUUCUCCUGGUACCUGAACGGAGCCCUGCUUUUUGAGGGAGCCAGCAGCAGCCACCUGCUCCCCUCGGCCACCAGCACAGAUGCCGGCUCGUACCACUGCCGGGCCCAGGACAGCAACAGCACAAGCGGCCCCUCUCUGCCUACUGUCCUCACCGUGCUCCACGCCCCACGCCAGCCCAUAUUCACUGCCCAGCUGGAUCUUGAUGCCUCUGGAGCCAGGACUGGACGGCGUGGCCUCCUCUUGUGCCGUGUGGACAGUGAUCCCCCGGCUCAGCUACAGCUGCUCCACAAGGGCCAUAUUGUGGCCACUUCUCUGCCAUCGAGAAGUGGCUGCAGCCCCUGUGAGGGUUUCUCCCAGCGUGCAAAGGUCACCAAAGCCCCCAACUUGCUGCGUGUGGAGAUUCACAAUCCGAUGCUGGAGGACGAGGGCGAGUACCUGUGUGAGGCCAGCAGCGCCCUGGGCAAUGCCUCGGCCAUGGCCACUUUCAGUGCUCAAGCCACUGUCCUGGUCAUUUCACCAUCAAACACACUUCAGGAGGGCACAGAGGCCAACCUGACUUGCAAUGUGAGCCGGGAGACCCCUGGCAGCCCUGCCAACUUUUCCUGGUUCCGGAAUGGGGCGCUAUGGACCCAGGGCCCCCUGGAGACUGUGAAGCUGCUACCUGUGGGCAGGACGGAUGCUGGUCUCUACGCCUGCCGCCCCCUCACUGAGGCUGGAGCCCAGCUCUCUGCUGCUGUAGUCCUGAGUGUGCUCUAUCCCCCAGACCCUCCAAAACUGUCGGCCCUCCUGGAUGUAGAGCAGGGCCACAUGGUGGUGUUUGUCUGCACUGUGGCUAGUAGUCCCUUGGCUCGCCUCUCCCUGUUCCAUGGGGAGCACCUCCUGGCCACCAGCCUGGGACUCCAGCUCUCAUCUCACAGCAGGCUUCAGGUCAAGGUCACAGCCAACUCCCUGCAGCUAGAGGUCCGAGAACUGGGCCUUGAGGAUUCUGGAAACUACCGCUGUGAGGCCACAAACGUUCUCGGAUCAGCCAACACCUCGCUCUUCUUCCAGGUCCGAGGAGCCUGGGUUCAGGUCUCACCAUCUCCCGAGCUCCAGGAGGGCCAGGCCGUGGUCCUGAGCUGCCAGGUGCCCACGGGGGUCCCUGAGGGAACCUCAUACCACUGGUAUCAAGAUGGCCGGCCCCUCCAGGAGUCGACCUCAUCCACACUCCGCAUUGCAGCCAUAACUCUGAGGCAAGCUGGGGCCUACCAUUGCCAAGUUCAGGCCCCAGGAGCAGCCAUCACCAGCCUGGCCGCCCCCGUCAGCCUCCAUGUAUCCUAUACCCCACGCCACGCCACGCUCACCACGCUGAUGAAUACAGGACCUGCGAGACUGAGCUUCCUCCUGUGCAGUGUGCAUAGUGACCCUCCAUCCCAGCUGCGACUGCUCCAAGGGGACCGUCUUGUGGCCUCUACCCUCCAAGGUGUAGAGGAACUUGCAAGCAGUUCUUCCCGGCUGCAUGUGACUGUGUCCCCCAAUGAACUGCGUCUGGAGAUACAGUACACAGGGCUGGAGGACGAGGGUGUCUACACCUGUGAGGCCACCAACACCCUGGGCCAGACCUCAGCUUCAGCUAACUUUGAUACCCAGGCUGUGAAAGUGUAUGUGUGGCCCAACACCACUGUGCUUGAGGGGGAGCAGGUGAACCUGACCUGCCGUGUCUGGACCAAUCUCCCAGUCCAGUUCACCUACUCAUGGUACCAGGAUGGACAGCAGCGCCCAGGUGCCCACACCAUUUCCCUACCCAACGUCACGGCCACGGAUGCCACCUCUUACCGUUGUGGUGUGAAGCUCCCAGGCCAGAUGCCCCGCCUCUCCAGACCUGUCACCCUGGAUGUGCUCUAUGCACCCCGCAGCCUGCGCCUGACCUACCUCCUAGAAAGCCGGGGCGGGAAGCUGGCCCUGGUUCUGUGUACUGUGGACAGCCGCCCACCAGCCCAGCUGGCCCUCCACCAUGCAGGCCGCCUCCUGGCUUCCUCAGUUGUAACCUCUGUCCCCAACACCCUGCGUCUGGAGCUGCGGGAACCACGGCCAAAUGAUGAGGGGCUCUAUAGCUGCUCAGCCCAAAAUCCUCUGGGCCAGGCCAACACAUCCCUGGAGCUGCGGCUAGAGGGUGUACAGGUGACAUUGGCUCCAUCAGCCACUGUGACCGAAGGUGCCCCUGUCACAGUGACCUGUGAGGACUCCAUUGCCCGCGCGCCCUCCUCCUUUGCCUGGUACCACAAUGGCCAUUGGCUGCAGGAGGGGCCUGCUGCCUCACUUGAGUUCCCGGUGACCACACGGGCUCACGCUGGUGCCUACUCUUGCCAGGUCCAGGAUACUCAAGGCACACGCAGCUCCCGGCCUGCCACCUUGCAAAUCCUUUAUCCCCCUCAGAAUGCUGUCCUAUCUUCCUUCUGGGACUCAAGGGUCAGGCCCAUGACCAUGGUACAGUGCACCGUGGACAGUGAACCACCUGCCGAGAUGACCCUGUCCCACAAUGGCAAGGUGCUAGCCACCAGCCGUGGGCUACGUGGCUCGACCUUGGAUGUGGGCCAUGUCCAGGUGGCCCGCAACGCCUUGCAGCUGCAGGUGCAAGAUAUGCCUACUGGUGAUGACGACACCUAUGUUUGCAUAGCCCAGAAUUUGCUGGGCUCAAUCAGCACAACCAAGAAGCUGCAGGCAGAAGGUGUGCAUGUGGUGGCCGAGCCAGGCUUGGAUGUGCCUGAGGGUGCAGCACUGAACCUGAGCUGCCGCUUCCCUGGUGGCCCAAGGCCCAUGGGCAACUCCACCUUCACUUGGUUUUGGAAUGGUCGACCACUACAUGCAGAGCCUGUGCCCACCCUUGCCUUCACCCAUGUGGCCCGUACCCACACUGGGCUGUACCACUGCCAGGUCAAGCUCCCUGCUGGGGCUGCUACAUCUGCUCCAGUCAUGCUCCAUGUGCUCUAUCCUCCCAAAACGCCAACCAUGACUGUCUUUGUGGAGCCUGAGGGUGGACUCCAGGGCAUACUGGACUGCCGAGUGGACAGUGAGCCCCCUGCCAGCCUGACCCUCCACCUCAGUGGUCGCCUGGUGGCCUCCAGCCAGCCCCAGGGUGUUCCUGCUGAGCCACACAUCCAUGUCUCAGCCUCCCCCAAUGCCCUGAGGCUGAGCAUUGAGGAGCUGUUGCCCAGCAACCAGGGGGAAUACGUGUGCUCUGCCUCCAACGCCCUGGGCUCUGCCUCCACCUCUGCUUACUUUGGGACCAGAGCCCUGCACCAGCUGAAUCUAUACCAGAAACUGCUCUGGGUCCUAGGAUUUCUGGCUGGCUUCCUGUGCCUACUGCUGGGCCUAGGGGCCUACCACACCUGGAGAGGGAGGUGUUCUCAUAAGGUGAAUAUGAAGAAUUUGGUGGAGAUGACUUCUCAGAAAGAAACCAUGCAGCUCCUUGAUCCUGAUGCUGCCUCAUCUGGGACUUCGUCCUGUGCUCUGCCCCUGAGCUGACUGGUGGCAUUACCUGCCCUCAGGAAGAAGAAGUUGCUGAUAUCUGUGACCACUUGGGUACUAUGAAGGAGGCAGCGUUGAGUCCUGCCUAUCUCUGCACAAACAACAUAGUGACAUCUGACUUUCUGUGACCUGCCUCCAAGUCUCUUGGGCCCAAGAAAAAUGGGUGGCAAGAGGUGGGGUGAGCCCCAAAUACCCAGGAAGGUGUUGACUCCUGGAGACCCUAAGAAUUGAGUUGAUGGUGUGGUCCACUUUUCUCUGCGCCUCUGCCUCCCUCCUCUUCAUUUCUCUUUCCAAGGAGGCAC